CGGUCUAGGAACAUUCAGGCCGGCGCGGCUGGCAGGCCUCUCACAACAGUGUCCACUUUCUAACAUGGCAGAUCAAUUUGUGUUGUAUUAUCAUGUGACGGCGAAACGCUCCCGUUCAUAGGACCGUACCUCGUGCGAAGCGAUCGUAGACUCGUAGACCCUCGCGGGUGUGGACGCGCGCGGCGCGGAUCGCGUGAAAGGCCGUCGCGAUGGCGGACCUCAAGAGUCCGCCGUUCAGUGACAUCAAGCGGCCCGAGGAGGUGGUGGCGAUGGCGAUGAACGACAGCCUCAAGUUCGCCGUGCUGAUCGGCCUGAUCGAGGUGGGACAGGUGUCCAAUCGGGAGGUCGUCAACACCGUGCUGCACCUGCUCGUGGGCGGUGAAUUCGACAUGGAGCUGAACUUCGUGAUAGAGGACGCUCAGAACAUCAGGCACAUGCUGGAGCUUCUCGAUCAUUGCCCACCCAAUCUCCAGGCUGAAAUAUGGAGUGUCUUUAUCGCAAUUCUGAGAAAAAGCGUCAGAAACUUACAAGCAUGUACGGACGUGAGUCUCAUAGAACACGUCCUGCACCGAUUAUCUCGUGCGGAAACUGUUGUCGCCGAUUUAUUAAUCGACAUGCUGGGAGUGCUGGCGAGCUACAGUAUAACGGUGAAAGAAUUGAAACUUUUGUUUGGUGCUAUGAAAGCUGUCAAGGGAAAAUGGCCACGACAUUCGGCGAAACUGCUAAACGUCCUUCGCCAAAUGCCACAGCGAAAUGGGCCCGAUGUAUUUUUCAGUUUCCCUGGUAGAAAAGGGUCGGCGAUUGUCUUGCCGCCGCUGGCAAAGUGGCCGCACGAGAAUGGAUUUACCUUCACCACAUGGUUCCGCCUAGAUCCUAUCAACUCUGUUAAUAUCGAACGCGAAAAACCGUACCUCUACUGCUUUAAAACAAGCAAAGGAGUAGGAUACUCUGCGCAUUUCGUAGGGAACUGCUUAGUCCUUACUUCUAUGAAAGUAAAAGGCAAGGGCUUCCAACAUUGUGUCAAAUAUGAAUUUCAGCCACGAAAGUGGUAUAUGAUUGCGGUAGUGUAUAUAUACAAUAGGUGGACGAAAAGUGAAAUUAAGUGUCUGGUUAACGGUCAAUUGGCAUCGAGCACGGAAAUGGCAUGGUUCGUCUCGACGAAUGACCCCUUCGACAAAUGCUACAUCGGAGCGACCCCCGAACUGGACGAGGAGCGCGUAUUUUGUGGACAAAUGAGUGCGAUAUAUUUGUUCAGCGAAGCGCUGACGACGCAUCAGAUAUGCGCGAUGCACAGACUGGGACCGGGAUAUAAGAGCCAGUUUCGUUUCGACAACGAGUGCUACUUGAAUCUGCCCGACAAUCAUAAAAGGGUGAGUGACCAGGAUCUCACGAGCAUGGUGGACCAAAGUAUGCAAAUUGUACUUUACGAUGGGAAGCUGUCGAAUGCAAUUGUGUUCAUGUACAAUCCGGUAGCGACGGACUCGCAGCUCUGUUUGCAGAGUGCACCGAAAGGCAACGUCUCCUAUUUUGUACAUACACCGCACGCUCUCAUGCUACAGGAUGUCAAGGCGGUCAUAACGCAUUCGAUUCACAGCACGUUAAACUCGAUAGGCGGCAUACAAGUGUUGUUCCCAUUAUUCUCGCAGUUGGACAUGCCUUACGACUGCAUAGCACCGAACGACGUUAAGCGCGAUCCGACGUUAUGUUCGAAACUGCUCGGAUUCAUCUGCGACCUGGUGGAGAGUUCUCAGACGGUUCAACAACACAUGGUGCAAAACAGAGGAUUUCUGGUGAUCAGUUUCAUGCUGCAGAAAGCAAGCAGGGAUCAUCUCACCACCGAGGUCCUGGCGUCCUUCUUGGAGCUCACGAAGCAUUUGGUGACUUGCCUCAGCGCAAACAGCGAUCUGCUGCUGAAACAGUUGUUUUAUUUUUCAUUUCUAACAUGGCAGCUACUGGAUCACGUCCUUUUUAAUCCCGCUCUGUGGAUAUAUACACCAGCGCCAGUACAAACGCGACUCUAUUCGUACCUGGCCACAGAGUUUCUUAGUGACACACAGAUAUAUUCCAAUGUAAGACGCGUGUCGACAGUUUUACAAACGGUGCACACUCUCAAGUACUACUACUGGGUGGCUAAUCCUCGAUCCAAAAGCGGGAUAACACCAAAGGGACUUGAUGGACCUCGCCCGCAGCAGAAAGACAUCCUUACAAUUCGUUCAUACAUUUUGUUAUUUUUGAAACAACUGAUAAUGAUCGGGAACGGAGUGAAAGACGAUGAGUUGCAGAGUAUUCUUAAUUAUCUAACAACAAUGCAUGAGGACGAAAAUCUCCAUGAUGUCUUACAAAUGCUCAUAUCUUUGAUGUCGGAACAUCCCUCAUCGAUGGUACCCGCGUUUGAUGCGAAACAAGGCGUGCGAACGAUUUUCAAGCUCUUGGCAGCCGAAAGCCAACUGAUACGGUUGCAAGCGUUGAAAUUGCUAGGAUUUUUCCUCAGUCGCAGUACACACAAGCGAAAAUAUGACGUUAUGAGUCCACAUAAUCUGUAUACGUUAUUGGCCGAAAGACUCUUGUUAAACGAGGAAACGCUCUCAUUGCCGACAUACAAUGUUUUAUACGAGAUUAUGACAGAGCACAUCAGUCAGCAAAUAUUGUACGCUAGACAUCCCGAGCCUGAAUCCCACUAUCGUCUGGAGAAUCCAAUGAUUCUAAAAGUAGUGGCGACACUAAUUCGACAAUCGAAGCAAACGGAGCAGCUGCUGGAAGUGAAGAAGCUAUUCUUGUCGGACAUGACGCUGUUGUGUAAUAACAAUCGGGAGAAUCGACGGACGGUCCUGCAGAUGUCUGUAUGGCAGGAAUGGCUCAUCGCUAUGGCUUACAUUCACCCGAAAAAUACGGAGGAGCAGAAAAUAUCCGACAUGGUGUAUUCCUUGUUCCGCAUGCUUCUUCAUCACGCCAUCAAGCACGAAUAUGGCGGCUGGCGCGUAUGGGUUGAUACGUUAGCUAUUGUACACUCCAAGGUCUCGUAUGAGGAAUUCAAGCUUCAAUUUGCCCAAAUGUACGAACAUUACGAGCGACAAAGGUCCGACAACAUUACGGACCCCGAACUGAGGCAGCAGCGGCCGAUCAGCACGAUUUCCGGCUGGGAUCAACAGCAUUCCGGCAAUAACGGCUACAAUAGACCAUCGCCGUGGGGCAAUCAGCAAAAUCAUGAGAUACAGCACAUGGAGAGAAAUUACAAGGAGUUCGACGCGUCCGAGGCGAACGAUCGAUUAGAGGAAUCCUGCAGCUGCGACCUCAACUCGAUCGACAAUACCGAGAGCGACGGUAGCCCGGCCAUUGUGAAGUCGCACAGCGAAACCCUGGACACACUGCAAUCGUGCGAAGUGGUAUCGUUGGACUCCAGAUUGAGCGACAAACCAGAAACGCCGACUACCGCGCGCGAGACUCACACGGAGACACCGACUAUCCUUGAAGAAGCAAACAGCGAGGCUGUCUCGCUGCCAACUACGCAAGAAACCAGCGAGGUGAUAUCGAUCGAGAGUUCCAGUGACUUCUAUAGCGAAGUACACAAAAUCGAGAGCUCCAGUCUCGAUUCGAUGAUAGCUCAGGAUACACCGAAGAAAGAAGAAAACACGAAGCAGGAGAAGCAGCCGAUAGCUGCUGUUGAGCCCUCUUCGACCGAACAGAUCAAAGAGAGCGUAAAUACGACAGCUGUCGAAUCUGAAAAUAUAAAGAAAAUUAUAGAAGACACCGACACGCCCAACGCAGUUUCCAUGACGAUUGACAAAGCCGAAAAUCCUCCAGCCGCGGACGCGGAAGAAGCGGAAGCGGAAGCGACGAAGGAGGAUAAACCUGUCGAUGACGCAACGAAUAUUGCGAACGAUGACAGUAACACCCCGACCAACACGGAAGAUUCGAUUGUGGCCGCGGCAGCGGUGGAGAAUGUGACCGAGUCUGCUGAUACGAAGAAUGACGUCGACACCGAAGAAGACACUGUGCCAAUUGUUCCUUCUGAUGAGACACGAGAAGCGCUGACGGUCAAAGUCAUCGAGAAGCUUCAGCUGGAGAACGACCGUGAGAUAGUCGAUAGCGAUACGUCAGAAGCGUACUUAACGCCGACCGAGAAUCAAGAGAGCUCGAGCGAGAUGAGAAGUAGAACGUCCGAAGGCGAGAAAGUCGACGACGACACCGUCGACACCGUCGAGAGGAAGGACAUUCCUGAGGACAAGGAUGCCACCGCGCCAGAGACCGGCGAGAACGAUACAGGGGAAACUGUAAAAAGUCCUAAUUGCUCAACUAGCAUAGUAGAAGAAAGCGGCGAGGCUCGCGCGGACGCGGUAGAUCUAGAGCACGAAGCAAAGACGGAACCAAUAGUAGUGAAUAGUGCGUUAAGUAGUGACGAAUGCGCCGCCGUGAAUACUUUAACGGAGGACAAAAGUGCUGUUAUUAUUGAUAACGACGACGCGCAGGUAAACGAGAAACACUCAAGGGAGCCGUCCACUAUUUCUACUAGCGUAAGUGAUAAUAAACUAGACGUUCCGGCGACGACCGGCGAGGUAGAAGUAACAGAUAGUGUUUGUAGUAAUAGCGAUGUUCAAAGUUCUGUAGAUAAUGUGACGCAAGUGCCAAAUCCUAAACAGCAAAUCCCAACAAUAUCUACGGUCUGUGAUGCAACUAAAAGUUUAUCCGUCGGUGUGCCUCAAAUCGUUAGUUCUAAUGUGGUUGCCAGGGACAACGCGUUAUUGAAUGACUUAACUCCAGAUCACGUAGACACUCAUCGCAGAUCCAGCCUGCCGAUCGUGUCCACGGACACGGUUGCAGAUGACAACGGUCAUGAGCCACCUUCCUUGCCUGUGCCCUUACGAAAGACAUCGUCACCCCAGAAACGACCAAGGAGUGCCUCAACGUCCACGCAGGUGGAUCCGAAUCAUUUCGAAGCUAAGAGGUCGAAGCAAGGAAAUCCCUCCACACGACCGAUGUUCAGUCCGGGCCCGACGCGACCUCCCUUCAGAAUACCGGAAUUCAAAUGGUCUUACAUACAUCAACGACUACUAUCGGACGUCCUGUUUUCCUUGGAAACCGACAUUCAAGUGUGGAGAAGCCACUCGACGAAGUCGGUAUUGGAUUUCGUCAACAGCAGCGAAAAUGCCAUUUUCGUGGUGAACACUGUCCAUCUAAUUUCGCAGUUAGCCGACAAUCUCAUAAUAGCCUGCGGCGGUUUAUUGCCCUUAUUAGCGUCGGCCACCUCGCCAAAUAGCGAAUUGGACGUAAUCGAACCAACUCAGGGGAUGCCAAUCGAAGUGGCGGUUUCUUUCCUGCAAAGAUUAGUCAAUAUGGCUGAUGUGCUUAUAUUCGCCAGCUCAUUAAACUUCGGAGAACUGGAGGCCGAGAAAAAUAUGUCGAGUGGCGGCAUAUUGCGGCAAUGUUUACGCUUGGUCUGUACAUGUGCCGUUAGAAACUGCUUAGAGUGUAAAGAACGUGGCAGGUCGUACAGCAUGUUAGGUCGGCAGAUUGGUUCUAGUAAUAAAUCACAACACAUACAGUCGCUCAUACGUGGAGCUCAUACGUCGCCUAAGAACAUCGUGGACAAUCUCACACAUCAAUUGAGUCCUGUGAAGGAUCCGGAGAAAUUAUUGCAGGACAUGGACGUAAAUCGUUUGCGAGCUGUAAUAUACAGAGAUGUUGAAGAAACCAAGCAGGCGCAGUUUCUGUCCCUAGCUAUAGUUUACUUCAUCUCUGUAUUAAUGGUCUCUAAAUAUCGUGACAUAUUGGAACCACCGAUAUCGCAGCGUCCUCCAAGUCCAGUGCAAACAAUACAGACGAAUGGUGCCGGUCUCAGGCCAGGUAGUCCUUCAGAUGGGAAUGGUGGUGGAGGAGGGCGGCCCUUAUUUCCACAGUGGUCUCACCACGUGUACCCACAGUUCCUCCCGGGAUCUCACCCUAACGCCAAUGCGAAUGCCAAUGCCAAUGCCAACCAUCACAUCAAUCAGCACCAUCACCAGCACCCGCUACCGGCUGCCAGGCACUCUAGUCGCCAGCCACCUUCCAACUAUUAUCUCCCGAAUCAUCACAACAAUCACUACAAUCAUCACCCGAAUAAUCAUAACUAUCAUCGCCAUCAUUACCAUCACCACAAUAACAACAACCACCACCAUACGCUUCAAAAGCAUAUCGAUCAGCCCCGAAAUCUCUGUCAUAGAAACUCCGGUGUCGGUCUGCAAGGUAGCGGAGGAGGUAUAAUGAGCCAGUCGGGUUCUCAAGAUGACGGUGAAUACGAGGUCAUCAUCGUCGACGAGAACAAUUCUUCGAUUUUGGCCGACCACGAUGUGACAUCGUCGGGUCCGCCGUCGACCAAGGGAGGUCACAGUGGUGUACCUCGGCCGCGGACUAUUCUUGAGGAUUACACCUCAUCAGAACCAACGCUUGGCACUUCUACAAGGUCCGAACCACUGCCACGAAAUCUGCAGAGCAACGACUCCAGCGAGGAGACUGUACACCGCAGUAACAUAACCGCGGAUCCGAGUCCUUCCGAAGUCACCACCGACAACGAAAACAAGCACAAUUCGUCCGAGGAAGCCUGGACCGACGUAAAUCUUAAUGAGGAUGGCGACACGAUGCCGAUUACGAAUCCGAGAGAAGAUCCGCGUAAUAUUCACAAUAUCGCUCACUCGCGUGGCGACAUGCAAGACAGCGAGGGUAAUGUUUUGGAACAAGAGAUGCUCGGUAAUGCGGAACGCGGGGAGAAACCGUCCGCUGAGAUUUCUGUGGUGCGAGUACCCGAUCGGUUGGUGGUGACUGCAGCGUCACCGAGAGCUGAUGAAUUGCCGAUUAAAGGUCUGGUCGAUCAUUUGCCGGUACCGACACCCUCGCGCGAGGCCUCUCUUACACAAAAGCUGGAAAUGGCCUUGGGUUCGGUUUGUCCUCUUCUUCGGGAAAUUAUGGUGGAUUUUGCCCCAUUCCUAUCCAAAACACUCGUUGGUUCUCACGGUCAAGAAUUGUUAAUGGAAGGAAAAGGUACGAGUUGCAAGGGUUUGACAACAUUCAAGAACAGCAACUCCGUCGUGGAGCUGGUUAUGUUGCUCUGCUCUCAGGAAUGGCAAAACUCCCUGCAGAAGCACGCGGGUCUCGCUUUCAUCGAGCUCAUUAACGAGGGAAGGUUGCUAUCUCACGCGAUGAAGGAUCACAUAGUGAGAGUCGCAAAUGAGGCAGAGUUCAUUUUGAACAGGAUGAGAGCGGAUGACGUACUGAAGCAUGCUGACUUUGAGUCUCAGUGCGCUCAAACAUUGCUGGACCGACGGGAAGAGGAACGCAUGUGCGAUCAUCUGAUCACCGCCGCACGAAGACGCGACAACGUGAUCGCCAGCAGAUUACUGGAGAAAGUCCGCAACAUCUUAUCCAAUAAACACGGCGCCUGGGGAUACAUGGAUCCAAUGGCUGCAAAAUUGGCCGAAUAUUGGAAGCUGGAUGCUUGGGAGGAUGAUGCACGUAGACGCAAGCGUUUCGUGCACAAUCCACUAGGCUCGAGCCACCCGGAGGCUACUCUUAAGGCGGCUCUAGAACACGGUGCACCCGAGGAUGCGAUACUUCAAGCGCGUCAAGAAUUUCACGCGCAUCUCGCAGCCUCGCGUGCACAUCAACAACAAUUGCAGUCGGCGGAUCUUAUGGACGACAGUGAAUUGCUGUCGGACGACAGGGACCUCGACAACGAUCUGGCAGGUCCGGUGAACAUCAGCACGAAAGGCAAAUUGAUCGCACCCGGUAUCGUGGCGCCUGGCAUCAUAUCGGUAACAUCUACGGAGCUGUACUUUGAAGUGGACGAGGACGACCCAGAGUUCAAGAAAAUCGACAGUGAGGUGUUGAAAUACUGCGACCACCUACACGGAAAAUGGUACUUUUCGGAAGUCCGUGCGAUUUUCUCGCGACGCUACCUGCUGCAGAAUGUGGCCAUCGAGAUCUUUCUCGCCAGCAGAACUUCGAUCUUGUUCGCAUUCUCGGACCAAGCGACGGUGAAGAAGGUGAUCAAGGCGCUACCGCGGGUAGGCGUCGGCAUCAAAUACGGAAUACCCCAGACUAGACGAGCAUCAUUGAUGUCUCCACGACAAUUGAUGAGAAGUUCUAACAUGACUCAAAAGUGGCAGCGUCGAGAAAUAUCCAACUUUGAAUAUCUAAUGUUUCUGAACACAAUUGCUGGUCGUACGUACAAUGAUUUGAAUCAGUAUCCGGUAUUCCCUUGGGUGUUAACAAACUACGAGACAAAAGAACUCGAUCUCAGUUUACCAAGCAACUAUCGAGAUUUAUCGAAGCCGAUUGGCGCAUUGAAUCCAAACAGAAGAAUUUACUUCGAGGAACGCUUCCAGGGUUGGGAGCACGACACUAUACCACCUUUCCAUUAUGGUACGCAUUAUUCUACCGCGGCUUUUGUCUUGAAUUGGAUGAUACGCGUGGAACCGAUGACGACUAUGUUUCUGGCAUUGCAAGGUGGUAAAUUCGAUCACCCUAACAGGCUAUUCUCAUCCAUCGCUCUCUCGUGGAAGAAUUGUCAACGUGACACGUCCGACGUCAAGGAACUCAUCCCGGAGUUCUUCUUUUUACCGGAAAUGCUGGUAAAUAGCAAUCGUUAUCAUCUGGGCAGACAGGAAGAUGGUAGCGUGGUUGGUGAUGUUGAACUACCACCUUGGGCCUCGUCCCCUGAAGAAUUUAUACGUAUAAAUCGAAUGGCCCUAGAGUCCGAGUUUGUAUCUUGUCAAUUACAUCAAUGGAUCGACUUGAUAUUCGGUUACAAACAAAAAGGUCCGGAAGCCAUACGCGCAACCAACGUUUUCUAUUAUCUAACAUACGAGGGUAGCGUAGAGCUUGACACAAUUAUUGAUCCCAUGAUAAAGGAAGCUAUUGAGAAUCAAAUUAAGAAUUUCGGGCAGACGCCAUCGCAACUCUUGAUGGAGCCACAUCCUCCUAGGAGUUCAGCGAUGCACUUGACACCAAUGAUGUUUUCGAGCAUCCCGGAUGACGUGUGUAUGACCAUCAAAUUCCCGUCAAAUUCACCGAUUUGUCAUAUCUCAGCCAACACUUAUCCUCAAUUGCCAUUGCCAUCGGUUGUAACGGUAACUACUGGGCAGCAGUUUGCUGUUAAUCGGUGGAAUACUAAUUACGCAGCCUCCGUGCAAUCACCGAGUUAUGCGGACACACCUCAGGCGCAGGCUGCCAAUCAGCCAUUGUCCAUGGAUCCCGUUCUCUCUCAAGCAGCAAACAGUUCAAACCCGGCAUUACGUCGACAUCUAGGCGACAAUUUCAGUCAGAAACUCAAGAUUCGCAGUAACUGCUUCGUCACCACAGUGGACAGUCGAUUCCUGGUAGCUUGCGGAUUUUGGGAUAACAGUUUUCGCGUGUUCUCCACUGAAACAGCAAAAAUCGUCCAGAUAGUCUUUGGUCACUACGGAGUCGUCACUUGCUUGUCGCGUAGCGAAUGCAACAUUACUUCCGAUUGCUAUAUCGCGUCUGGAAGCGCAGAUUGCACCGUCCUCCUAUGGCAUUGGAACGCCAGGACACAGACAAUCGUCGGUGAAGGUGAAGCGCCGGCACCUCGUGCAACUCUCACUGGUCACGAACAGGCUGUGACAGCCGUCGUCAUAUCUGCCGAGUUGGGAUUAGUUGUCUCGGGAUCAUAUUAUGGUCCAGUACUUGUACACACCACUUUCGGCGACCUUCUGAGAUCAUUAGAAGCACCAAAUGGAUUUUCAUCUCCCGAAAAUAUCGCUAUGUCACGCGAAGGUGUUAUUGUGGUGAAUUAUGAACGUGGACAUAUAGCAGCAUUUACUAUCAAUGGAAAACGCCUUCGUCACGAGUCUCAUAAUGAUAAUUUACAAUGCUUAUUAUUAAGCAGGGACGGUGAAUAUCUGAUGACAGGAGGCGAUAAGGGUAUCGUAGAAGUUUGGCGAACUUUUAACCUAGCUUUACUUUAUGCGUUCCCCGCGUGCGAAAGCAGCGUACGUUCUCUUGCACUCGCUCAUGAUCAAAAGUUUCUUUUAGCUGGUCUGGCAAACGGGUCCAUCGUAAUAUUUCACAUUGAUUUCAAUAGAUGGCAUCACGAAUUCCAGCAGCGUUACUGAAAUUACGAUUUCUUCUUCGUUUAAGAACGCAAGCGCACCUCAUAAAUGUUGACGAAAAUUCGUAUUUAUUAAAUAAUUACGACAAUUUGUUACGAAUUUAUUUGCAUAUAUGGGCAAACAGCUGCGUUCGAAAAAUUUCCCGUUGAUCGUGUAUCAAUUCGAGCAUUUACAGGACAACGGUGCAUUAUUAGUAUGAAGUUUAUAUGGGUCAGCUUUUCUUUAUCAGAUUUUCGCAGAAUUCGCCAUAAUUUAUGGCGUAUACGGAGUAUGCUAUAUCAAAUGGAUUCGAAUUAGAUGCAACGAGCAACAAUGAAAGAAGUGACGUAUAUUCGUCUGGCAUCGAGAUACCCACGAAUUUUAGCGUUCAGCAAUAAACUCGCUUUCGUGGCUGCGUGCAGUGCUUUGUGAUGGGGCAAUCCAGCGGAAUGCAAGAGAAACAAGAUGCGAUCGCAGCUCUAAGUGUUUACUUCCACGUAAUUGCCGAGUAAAGAUAUCCAGCCAUCGCGAAAGUUCGUACAGCGUAGACAUUACGUGUGCUGUUCGAAACGCUAGUCAAUUAACGAAGACCUGAAUGUAUUUACUUACUUUCGCGCUGUUUGCGGUUGUCGAUUGCACGAUUUCUUCUUAGGCUACGCGAGAAGAGGAAGUACACAUUACUCGGGAGAAUAACCGCUGAUAUAAAACCAGAAAAGGAAACCGUGUCUCGACGAGAUGACAGAGCUGAACAUACGUUAUUUUUAUGCCUGAAACUGCAUGUGGAUUUGGCUACGAAUCACUUUAGCCAUUAAUGUCCAAUGUGUAAAUACAGAUAUAUUCUUCAUGUCACAUACACACACGUGCGUGCGCGCUUUGUUCCAUAUUAAAGGAAGCGAGGAAGAGAAACGCGUAUUAUCGCGAGAAGUUUGCACUGUAUUCUUCGCCGACGUAUUAAUGUCGCUCACGUCGAACUUUUUGGCUAAGCACCUCGUACGUUCAGUUCGAACUACAUGCACGCGAACGCGUUACGUAUCACUGAUGACUAGUCGCGUCCUAGUGAACGCAUUGGUCACCAACAUGUCACCGAUCGUUCUCUAAGACCGUCUCCGGUAUCAGUUUUCCGCUAGUACACUUUCUACACCCUGAUGUUCGCAUCCUUCGAAAAAGAUCCUAAUUUUUAUCAAAGCCGUCCAGCUUAACUUUUGCGAGGAUAUUUCUUAGUAUUUUCGCACGCGACAUAUAUUAAUCAGCAAAGCAAGUUAUUUAGGCUAAAGUAACAUCCCGAAUUCAUUCUUAUGAACAUUCCGCGAUUCAUCGAGGAUAGUUUGCGUGUGAAUGCAUUAUCAGCGAUCGUUAGGAUGCGCCGAGUGACGAUAGAUAGAGUAGAGUAUCCGAGAUGAAAGUGUAAGUGUGUGAGCGAAAGAGUUAAACAAGAAAUAAUUUACCUUGACAUUCAACAACGAUGGGGAAGAAGAUGCUUGAUCGUGCGUAAGUGGUAGAAUUAAUAGCUUGAUUUUCGUUCAUACAUCAUCGUAGAACGUGUGAUAGCUGUCUCGUAAUAUUACUACUAAGUAUUAGUAUCGUCAUUCUGAAUCCUUCCCCAUGAAUGAAAUACGGGGUACUAUAUAAAUAUAGCAUUCAAUUGUUUAUACGUAUUCUCGAUAUAGUGUAUCGUCGUCAUCUCAGUUAAUCUUACGUAAUGAGCGAUUGCUUAUCUAAGAUGUUGUUUUGUUGUAUAUGCUUAUUAGUCAUACGAUGAUGACAGACGUGUUUGCGAACUUUUCACGACAGUAGAUAAAAAUUCUUCGUGUACUAGAGAAUGAUAAAUGGCACAUCAAAAAGUAUAGAGAACGUGAGGGAUAUGAAAUAGGAAAGUGAACAAGAAAAAAUAAAAAAGGAAAAAUGUAAAUGCAAUUCAUUCAAAGCGGAUGUGUUACGGAUCGCAGCUGAUCGGCGCGAUACUUUAAGAGUGACGCCAUGAUUCUACAUUUAUUACGCAAUCUUGUAUUCGCGUGGCUCAAUCAUUAUUUACUUCGCAUACGUGGACGAGUGACAUCUCCUUCUCUAGAAGCGCUUAGUUAUAGUUGUGGGAGAGUAGAUGAGGAGCAAAAAGCGCGAAAGAGUAGAUAGAUAGUUUCAAACGCGGCCAAACCUUCCACUUCAUUGACAAAUUUGAUAACGUCGUUUCUCGACAUUUAAAGAGUCAGAUAUAUAUCGAAAUAGAUCUAACAUCUAAGACGCUUGGCACGAGAGCGUAAAAGCACAGAUUUCGGUACCUCAGCGCGUGUCUAGUCAAGAAUUACCAUUACCACGAAUCAUCUGCGAUCCACAGCAUCUUAGGUAUCGAUAUACUUAAAAGAUACACCGUAAUGUUUACGUAUAGAUGUAUAAAAGAAAAGUAAAUACAUAAUGCCGUCAUUUUAGCGAUCAAAUCACACUCUGGGCUUGCGAAAUCGCGAUAGCGUUAAGAUCGUAAUAUCGAUUUUCGCUGUGCACUGGCGGGUAAUGGGAGUUGCGACGUACUCGUAAUCCCAGUCGUCGCCGAUAAUCGUACAAUUUUUAAUCGUAUAGAAGGAUGUUACGUGUGCAACGUGUUAAUAACGGUGUAUUGUCAUUCGUUAUGAGCGUGCUUCUACAUGAUAAUCAUAUAUUGUUUUGUUCGUGCGUGAAAGGAUGUGAACACGGAUGAGAGAGGAACGCGAUGAAGAAAAGAGCAAGAAACUGAGAGUGAGAGAGCGAGAGAGAGAGAGAGAGAGAGAGAGAGAGAGAGAGAGAGAGAGAGGGAAGGAGGGAGAGAAGGAGAGAGCAUCAGAAAGAACAAAGGCGAAAUGAUCAAGAGGUAAUAGCUGUGUCUGAUGCUUUAAAUGAUAUUAUUAGCUCCAUUUAUAUGUACGCACCAGAAUCAAGUUUCCAUCAUGCGUACUUGAUGUAUAGGAGCGCGUCGACACUUUAUUUUUGUCAUAAUAAAAGAUAUGUGAAACGAAAAAGAGAAAACGGAAGAAAAGAGCACGCGACAUUUCAUUCGAAUUUUCCGCUUUUGUCAUGCGAAAUCGAUCGAAUUGAGAUCAGGGAAAAAGAAAAGAAAGAAAAUUG